ACGGCAUAAUUUAUCGAUAACCUCGCGUCGGAUCGGCGUCGCGUUGAAUAUUUUCGCGAAAAAUUGUCGGAAAAUUGAGGAAAAUAUGCAAUUUCCCCGUGCCAAGCAGUGAGGGCCAGCGCAGAGCAGUGAAAACCAGCACAGACAACCGGGCUGCCACCGCAUAGCCGGCGUUUCGAGCGUGCAAGCCGCAAACAAAUCGAGAGAAAAAACCUCUUUCCCCUUUUACCGCUGUGGGUGUGUGUGUGUGUGUGUGUGUCUGCGCGUGAGUGUGUGUGUCGUGCGUCCCGUGUGUGAGUACGAGCGAGCGCGCGUGUGUAUGUGAGGAAAACGCCGCACACUGCGAAAAUUUUCCUUUCCCAACGGUCGAGAAUAACCGCUAAAAUUGUGGAAAAACAGGAGAAAACCCCGAAGCGGAAGAAGAAGACUGCAGCCAGUAAAAUGUCUGCAGUUUACUCGCCGCAACCGCCGCAGCAGCAGCCGCAACAGCAGCAGCAACUGCAGCAGCAGCCUCCCCCGCCACAGCAACAGCAGCAACAGCAGCAGCAGCAGCAACAACAAUUGCAACAGCCGCCACCCAACUCCGCGCCCAAUCAACAGCCACCCGGCUCCGGAGUUGGCCCCGGCGGAGGCGGCGGCGUAGGCGGGGUCGGAAUGGGCGGACCCGGCGGUGGCGGCGUCGGUGUCCUGCCCAUGAGCAUGCAGCAGCAGCAGCAGCAACGACCGCCCAUGGGCGUGCCCGGCUCACCGGGCAGCAUCAUCUCCGGCGGCGGCCUCAUGGUCACCCCACCGUCCACACCACGCGGCGGUCAGUCCAACCUGCAGGGCAUCGGCGGCGGAGGAGUCGGCGGCGGUGGCGGUGUCGGUGUCGGUGGCCUGCAGCCGCAAGUCAACUCCGCCCAGAUCCAGAAGAUGCUCGACGAGAACUGCGGCCUCAUCCAGACGAUCCAGGACUUCCAGAGCAUGGGCAAGGCGCAGGAGUGCAUGUCCUACCACGUCGCCCUGCACCGCAACCUGGUCUACCUCGCCCAGCUGGCCGAUCCCGCCAUGAACAUCUCCCAGAUACUGCCGCCACCGCACAUCCUCCAGACGCAGGCCAUGCAGCAGGGUGGCCAGCAGACGCCGCCCACUGGACCGCACGGCAUGUUGGGUGGCCCACCGCAGCAGCAGCAGCCGGGCCAGGGACCAGUGCCGGGACAACCGGGCCAGGGUCCGCCGCAGAUGGGCAUGCAGCAGCACGGCGGCGAUCCCCAGGGACCUCCUGUCCAGAUGCAGCCCUACGGCGCCCAGCAGCAACAGCAGCCGCAGCCGCAUCCCGGCCUGCCGCCUGGCGCCCAACAGCAAUCUCAGCAACAACAGCAGCAGCAGCAACAACAGCAGGCAGCAGCGGCGGCGGCAGCAGCAGCUGCGGCAGCGGCCGCCGCAGCCGGCCAACAGCAGGGCCCGCAGGUCAGCCAGGCGGGGCCGCAGUCCCAGCAGCAGCAGCACCCCAUCUACCGCAAUGCCCAGGGCCAGGGCCAACCGGGAGCCGGCCAGGGACCAGGUCAGGGUCAGGGCCCGGGGCAGUCCGUCAUCAACCCGAAUGCAGCGCCCAAUCAACAGCGUCCCAACAAUGGGCCCUUGCCCGGACCCCAGAAUCCCCAACAGCAGCAGCCGCAGCCCGGUGGCCAACAGCCGCCAAACCAGCAGCAGCAGGGCGGUCCCGGCGGCCCAGGACCACAGCCCGGAGCCGGAGGACCCGGUGUGCCGCCGCCACAGGGUCCGUACCGCGUCACCUAUCAGCAGCAACAGCAGCAGCACGGCCACUAUCCCGGCUAUCCGCCGCAGCCGCAGACGCAGUACCAGCCGCAGGGCGCAUAUCCCUACGGACCGCCAACCCAGGGCUACGGUCCACCACCACCAGGGCCACCGAAUGCAGCCCAAGGUGGCUACCAUCACGGUCCAGCAGGCGCGGCGACGGGAGCCAGUGGACAUGGUUAUCAGCCGAAUGCCGGCGCCGGGCAAGGACCACCGCCGGGCGCAUAUCCUCCGCCUCCGGGCAGCCAGCAGGUUCCUCCGGUGCCGGGUCAGCAACAACCGCCGCCGGGACCACCGCCACCCGGUCAACCGCCGACCGGUGGACAGCAGCCGCCACCGGGUCCGCCACAGAGUCAAUACGGUCCGCCGCCGCCGCAGAAUUCCGCCGGAGGACCGCCCCCUAUGGGCUAUGCGGGCUAUCCCCCAAAUCCCGGACAGUAUGGUCAGGCGGGAGCGGGAGGAGGGCCACCACCGAGUGGCUAUUGGCCACCGCCGCCGCCCACGAGCAGCGGUCAGAGUCCCUACCAGGCCUAUCAGCAGCAGCAGGCGGCCGGUGGAGGAGGAGCGGGGGCUCCGCCGGGCAGUAGCUACCCGGGCGGACCACCGACUAGCGGAGCAGCGCCGCCGCCACCGCCGGGAGGAGCGUACAGCACCACGGCGCCGAGUCAGACGCCACCGCCCCAAGGAGGCGCUGGAGCAGGCGGGGGCAACGCCAAUCCCAAUGGACCCAACGCACAGCAAUCGACGCCGCCGCCGCAGGGAGGAGCUGGCGGUGGAGCAGGACCCAGUGGACCCGGUGGCGCUGGCCAGCAAUAUGCAGGGCCACCGCAGCAGCAGCAGCAACAACAACAGCCGCCGGGCGUGGUGGUUUCUGGUGUGGCGCCGCUGCCCACGCAGGUGCAGCCCACAUACUCGACGCCGGGCAACUACAAUCAACAACCCGGCGCCCCGCCGCCGCCCAAUCAGCAGCAGCAGCAGCAACAACAGCAGCAGCAACAGGCGCCGCCAUCGGCCGGAGGAUCGGCAGGCGGCGGAGGAGCACCGAAUGCCCAGGGCCAGGGCAGCCAGCAACCGCCGCCGAACGGAGCCACACCGCCGAUGCCGCCGAAUCAAUACCAACCGGCGCCGGGAGCCCCACAAGGUCCGUACGGAGGACCUCCACCACCACAGGCCUACGGACCACCGCCGCCGGGGAGCGCAUAUCCCGGACACGCGUACCAUCAGCCGCCCCAGGCCGGUGGCUAUCCACAAUAUCCGCCCACGCAGGGCUACCAGGGCUACAGGCCCGCCGGGGCACAGAUGCCGCCGCCAGGAGCACCACAAGGGCCACCACCCACCGGCGCAUACGGUUACUACAGCCAGCAACCGCCUCAAUGAGGAAGGGACAGCCUAUUACCGCCGCUGCCACCUGGCUGUCUCCACAACAAGUAAUUCUCGACUGGGACUCGCUGGUUGAAGCUGGAGAGGAUUCACAGGCUGACCGCCAGCAGAUGCCUUGCAAGACGAGGAAACCCGGAGAGAACUGGACCAGUUGGAGGAGGUUGUGCAGCGGGAGUAAUAGCUCAACACGAUGAGGAGGAAGGGGAGUGGGAGUAGGAGUAGGAGGAGCGGGAAACGAGCAGACGAAGAAGAUUGAGAUAAACUAGGCAUAUGAUUAAGCAUUGUAUCAGAAGUGGAGCAGCAGGAGGACUACGAUUAGAGCUAGGAGUAGCCGCAACAGAUGAUGAUGUAGACGUAGGUUACGAAUAGGCGAAAGAGAGGAGUAAGCAUAAGACUAAAGGAGGAAGAGCGCAGAGAAUCGAGGUGAACAAUUCAGGAUUCCCAAUCAAAAGCGGCACUUCCAUCGAAUUUCGACGGAGUUGAUACCUAUCGAAAGCAAGCUGAUUGAGUAGUUUCGGUGAUACAAAGCGGAGGAAUAAGACACACUCGACCACGUAGCACAAAGCAAGGAAGCAAGGAAGCCAGCCGAAACAGUAGGUCUAGAUUCUAGAGCAAGAAGAACACGAAGUGUGGUCCGUCGGCAGAGAGCGACUUAGAUUAAGCAAGCAGAUUUAGAUGCGCAAGCGAACAAGAACAGUGUCCUAGGCCCAAAAACCAGACAAAUGGGUGGGUCGAUUCCUUGGGAUGGCAGAGCAACCAGUUCCGGGAACGGUGUCGGUUCCCCGUAUUCCAAAGCGCUGAAAGCGAAUCCGAAACCAUGAGUGUGUGUUUUGACCCACCAUUUGGACACGUGUAGUCCCCAGAGAACUUGAACACUGCAAGGGCCUUCAUAGAACUGCCCAAGAUUCCAUUACUUGUAAUGCUCCACAGACCGCGCCGCCUUCUCCGGGAAUUGGCAGACUGCUCCAGUCCCCAGCAACCGACCCAUCCCACUAUAUAUAAGGUCUGUCUCCCAAGCAGGUUCCGCUCCUCUUUAAAACGAUUAUGCUAAACGAUUUAUACAUAUAUACACAAUACACUUAAGAUUCAUGACGAAGAAGCCACAGAAUAGUGCAUGUUUUAAUAUAAUACCCGCUACCUAUUUAAACUAUUUUUUUGUGCCCCUGUAGAUGUCUGUUUUUAGAGCUCUUGCAUUUUUUGUGUAGCAAUUUAACAUUAACCAUCCUUGGUCCCCGUUUUCUUCCAAUAGUUUUGGCAUUGAAAGAUUGUAAUUUGUAAAAUCACAUAUUUAUACGCUAAGCUUACAUUUACUAUUUAAAGUAAAACUAAAACUAUGAAUAGCAGGAGGAUGUCAUGAAUAAACACCUAAAGUAAUGCUAAAACGAGAAUAUUCUAAGGAAACGAGGAGAUCCAAUGGAAAGUUGUAAAUCACUGGACAUUCAGCCAAAAGUGAGCGUUCUCUGAGGGAGAUUCUUGGAUAUUACCAUUAGCUCGGAACUAUCUGAAAUGUAACUGAAGCCCCUAAGUGUAAGUGCUGUUAUCGACAAUUAUUACAAUUCUUUGCUCGCACUUUAGAUUCCCAAAUUGAUAUAUAAAUUAUUUAUUAAAUAAAGAAAUUAACGUUAGUUGAAAUGUAGCCCUAAGAGGGGGAAAUUGACUUGGCGCCGCGCUGGCAGUGCAAAAUUCACUGGAUACUUCCGGAGUUCCACUAGGCAUAGUCUUUCUCGCUCCGCUCGGAGCCCGGCUAUUUCUGCGCCGCUCUAAUCCGAUCUGAUAUAAUCCGAUUCGAAAUACCGAUGCUUCAGGAUCCACAUCGAGACACCACUUAGGCAUAUGUAUAUCAAUAGCAUUUAGAAAUUUAUAUUUUCGAAAUGCAAAUAAAAACGAAAUCGACGAGAGUUACAAAAACCA